GAAAAGCGCGUAAACUCUGUCCCCAUCCGACCUUUUCUUUUUUAAACUGUUCCAUGGAGGCGUUACCACGAAUAGCUGACAGCGGAGUGCAGGUUUCCUGCCAAAUUUAGAUACCAGAGUGACUAACUGCCUUUUCAGUUUCCACCCUCUCUCACUCUCACUAUAUGCAACCAAAACGAACAUAUAUUCAACACUGCAUGCUCUCAAUUCUCUGCUGUCUCACUAGAAAAUAGGGAGCUGUCAAUAAACGAGAGCUAACUUUGUUUUCAUUUCUUUUUGAGUGUUCCCGUAUUUCUUCUGUGCUAGCUUUUGUCUUGUAGAACAAAAAUGGGGGGUUCUAAUGUUUGGCAAGAGCAAAGGAACUUUGUCAAGAGUUUGCAUGAGCAGGGGAUAUUGGACAGUCAUUUUGAUGAAAUCCUUGAUUUACCUAGAGAGAGCCCUCAGUUUGUGAUUGAUUUGGUCAGCACAUUCUGCAGUGAUGCUGAAAAUGCCAUAGCAGCAUUGAUCAGAUACCUAAAUGAACCUGAUAUCAACUAUACCAGGGUUGUUGACCAAGUUCACCAGAUCAGAGGCGCUAGCUCUUGUAUUGGUGGCCAUAGGAUGGCCCUUGCUUGUCGUGAGCUCCGAUAUGCUUGUGAAGACAAGGACAAGGACAGGUGCCUUGCAGCUUUUGGCAAGACCAAGGAUGAAUAUCAAAUUUUGAAGGAGAAGUUCAAUAUCAUCUUGCAGAUGGAGAGAACUAUGAUUUCCGGUGAAUCUAAAAGAGGCUGACAAUAGAGUCCUGAAUUGUCUCUGCUGCUGUGUCGGCUGACGCGGUGGAAUACCAGAGUCUGCUUCUAUCUGCAAUGGGCAUGUAAAUAAAGAGUUGCUGGAACUCAUAGUUCAGUUUGUUUUAGACUAUUAAUAUUUUUUGUUGAGUAUUCCUAUUUGCCCAUUUA